AUGAAAAAAUCUCCACCUCAAAAAGAUUAAAAAAGUCUCGAAAAAGCAGGUGAUAAAUAAGAUAAAUAAGAAAAGUUCGAAAAAUCACAUAAAACUCUUUAAACUAUAGAUAAAGUUAGGAUACCUAGAAAUGUGAACUUUUAUCUCCAUUUCUUAUAACAUCCAGAGAUAACAGAGAAUGAUAUUGAAUGGGUUUUGCAACUUCGACAUUGGGAUGCUGUAUAUCUAUUAUAUAUUUAAUAUCUAGAACAAAAUGAAAGAGCUUUUAAGUAAAAUACCUAAUCAACCAUAUUCUCUUGCUGAUAAAAAAACUAUUUUUUCAGAGAAAUAACAUGAUGUUUAAGAUAUCAAAAAUAAGGAUAAUGUUGCUAAUUUUAUGCAUCUUCUUAAUCAUCGUUUAGGAUUAAGUGCAUCAGGAAGUUUAGCAGAUUAUGAAACUGGAUUAAGAAGAUAUCAAACAAAUGAUGAAAAUUUAAGUAAGAAAGAGAAGGGAUGGUGGUAUAUACCUAAGAAAGAUCGACAUGAUUUCCCAGAAUUUCCAAAACCUUAUAAAGAAUAGGUAGAACUUAAAAAGUCUUUCAGUACUGGAAAGUUUAAUACAAUGAAAUUUACCUAUUCUGGUUUUGAAGGAAUGUAAGAAUUGCCACCUUACACUAUGAAAUUUAAGCAAGGUAAUUGUGGGAGUGUCAAACAUUUAUUUGGCCCAGAUGUCAGAAUGUCUUAAGGAUAAUGGGAAGAAGGAUUAAGAGAUUCAUAUAAUAAGAGAAUACCAUAAUAAAAUAGAAACAAAGAAGAAAGUAAAAACAAAAAGAAAUUAGAUCCUAUUAAAAAAUGA